AUGGAUUCUACAGAUGAUAAUCCAUCCGCCAACACAAAAGAACCUGACGAACCCACCUAUCUAAACAGGAGCAGCUUGCUCGAACGGCUAUCAUCCCCCAUCGCAGCAACUUUGGCAAACAAGAAUCCUCUAAGCAAACCUAUCAGUGAGCAACUGAAUAUGAGAAUAUCACUAUUAGACCAAUAA